AUGGUGGAUCAUAUAAAUGAGGAAACACUGCAAAUAGACAACAGCAGUAAAGUCGACGAGUUAUCCCACACCGCAGGACAAAAUCAGAACCUCUCAGUUGUAUCAUGGAAUAUCAAUGACAUAUCUCAUCAUUCACUAGGAAAGAAAACCGAGAUUGAUGAGUUUCGUGAGAUCAUCAAGAUUUCACCGAUAUUUUGUCUACAAGAAACAAAGGGAGAAGUAGUGGUGCCUAACUACCGCUGCUUUAACAAAAACAGGGAAUCCUCAAGAUCAGGAGGUCUAUGCAUUGGUGUGCAACGGUCGCUCGAAAAGUACAUAACCCAAAUCGAAACAGGUUCAACGGACAUCCAAGCAAUAUCCAUUUCGAAAACGUACACUAAGACCGAAAAGAACAUCACUCUGAUAAACAUCUACGACUCACCCGAAAAUUCCUCAUAUAAGAUUAGGAUGAGGAGUCUUGGAGCUGAGGAAAAUACUCUUGAAGCUCUUCUCCACUUUGUCGGUGAGCAACUUGGUCACUCUGACAUCAUGCUAGUAGGUGACCUAAAUGCCCGUACAGGUGGUGUCAACUUCAUCCCAGUGACCAAAGACUGGAUGAAAAAGAAGAACUCGAAUGCACCCAAACCUUGCCGGGCUAGUAAAGAUUCUGUACUAAAUGAAAGAGGUAAUAGAUUCCUUGACUUUCUGGGUAGCUGUGACCUCACUCUCUUAAACGGCAAUGUUAUUGGUGACAUUUUUGGAGAGUUCACCUGCUAUCAAUACAACGGACAAAGUGUUGUUGACUACAUUGCAGUUUCUCCGAGCAUCAGGGAUUUGGUGAAGCGGUUCAAAGUUCUCUCUUUAACCAAUCUAUCAGAUCACAGACCUAUCCUCUGUCAACUCUCGGUUAGAAUUCCGAUGAUAGCUGCUGAACUUAUUCAAGAGCUUCAUCAAGAUGCACCUAAAAGACCGGAAUGGGAUGUAGACACUACGGCACAACUGUUUACCGAUAAUCUGAACAAGGCCGAAAUAACAAAACAGCUAUUGGAUAUUUCGACCUCAACCUUUGAUUCUGCUGAAAACAUUUACUCCACUAACAAGAAGUUCGUUCAAAUCCUCGAAAGCGCCCUUGCAACCGAUCAGCCCCCAAACUGUGUCAAUAGUGAGAAAAAGAUGAGGUGUUUCUCUAAAAAUAAACGACGUAGUAAACUCCGCCCAAAACAAAAGUGGUUCGACGCUGAGUGUAUUACAACAAAGCGAGAGCUUAAUACUUUAACAAGGAAGUACGGAAAAAACCCCUUGGACGACCUUCUACGAAUCCGCUACUACUCGAGGAAGAAAGAUUAUAAAAGAUUAAUAAAAAGAAAAAAGGCUGCUUUCUUCCAAGAACUGAACCAGGAUAUUCUACAGGAAAACAAGAUUUCGUGGAAGAACAUAAAGAAAUUGAAGAAGUUUAAUGAAAAACCCUCAAAGCUUGACAUAUUCGACAUGGCGAAGUUCUACCAAUUCUUUCUGGAUCUCUACAAAAAGAAGGAUACAAACUUCCCACAGAAUAGAUCAGUGACCCGGGCAAAUGAACAAAUACUGAGCAUACUUAACGAUGAUAUAUCAUCAAAAGAGGUUGUUGAAGCAGUGAAAACACUUAAGAACGGUAAGGCGGUUGGACUAGAUUGUUUACUCAAUGAGCAGCUGAAGUCCGCCGUCCAAAACCACUGCGCCCUCUCAGUGUUGGUUAAGCUCUUUAAUGGUUGCUUGGACCUUGGCGUCUAUCCAUGGAACACUACGAUCGUGAGCCCACUCCAUAAGAAAGGUUGUAUUUAUGACCCUGAUAAUUACAGGGCCAUUGCAAUCGGGAGCAACCUUGGUAAACUGUUUUCGACAAUAUUAUUAGAUCGUUUAUUAAAGGACCAGUUAACUGAAAAAUUUGUAGUCUCCAAUUUGGCUAAGAUUUAA